GGGUAUUAGGUUUGACGAAAACCCAUAAGCAUCAGUCUACGGCUGGGGAGCAAAGGAUUAACAUCGUUUCCUGAAGUUUCCCAAAAAAAUUAAAAAAAAAUAUAAAAAUUGUAAAAUUGUAAAAAGGAAAAAGCCGGACGAUGUCCAAUGUUAUUAAGAAGGUCAUCCCCAUGCUGGACCGCAUUCUGAUCCAGCGUUUUGAGGUGAAGACUACCACCGCCGGCGGUAUCCUGCUGCCGGAGGAGUCGGUGCCCAAAGAGAUGCAGGGCCUUGUUGUGGCCGUUGGACCCGGUGCCCGCAAUCCGGCCGGAGCUGGUCACUUGUCUGUGGGUGUCAAAGAAGGCGACCGAGUGCUGCUGCCUAAAUACGGCGGCACCAAGGUCGACAUGGACGACAAGCGCGAAUAUGUGCUGUUCCGAGAGAGCGAUAUCUUGGCCAAAUUGGAGUAACCAAGAAGACGUACACCCCAUCAUACCGCCAUACACUUAAUUCUACUCUAAAAUCAACACUUUAGUUUCUGCCAACAGCCUCGUACUCAAAUUCCUCACCACCACUAAAAUCGACACGAUUAGUUUACUCUAAAUCUAAAUCCUCGCCACGUAUCCGUAUCGGUAUCAACACAACCACUUACUGCAGCAAGCUCUUUUUUGCUUCUGAUUGCGUUCGAAACUAAAUGAUGAUAAUGAAAUGUUAUAUUUGGUAGCUUGCCAACGUUUACACUCCACUACACCGACUAUUACAUCGUAUAAUGUAGCACAUGCACUAUUGCAUAGUCGCACACGAUUGUUUCAUGUAAGGACAGACCAAUAAAUCACUUCUGGUGCGUUGUGUAUUAAAAACUAA